CAGAGCCCAAAACAUCCAGCAACACAAAAGGUGUAUUCUUGUUUUCCACUUUGAACUUUUUCUUUUAAGAAGCCUCUUCAAAAGCUCCACUGGAAGAGAAGUUUUUUUGUUCUCACACUACAAGAGAAUUGACCUGCGAUGUCUCUGAGAGGUGAAGUGUGUGUGGUGACGGGAGCCAGUGGAUUCCUGGGAAAGAGGCUGGUGAGGCUGCUGCUGGAGGAGGAGAGAAUGGCUGAGAUUCGACUGCUGGACAAACACAUACAGCUGCAGCUUUUACAGAGUCUGGAGGACUGUAGAGGCGACACAAAGCUGACCGUUUUCGAGGGCGACAUCAGAGACGCUGAUUUCCUGAGAAAAAGCUGUCGAGGCGCAUCGAUCGUCUUCCACAUCGCAUCCAUCAUUGACAUUUUUGACGCAGUGGAGUACAGCGAGCUAUACGGGGUCAAUGUCAGAGGAACACAGCUGCUUCUGGAGGCGUGUAUUCAAGAGAACGUGGUGUCCUUCAUCUACACCAGCACCAUCGAGGUGAUGGGACCGAACUCUAAACGUGAACCCAUAAUCAAAGGCAGCGAGGACACGGUUUACGACUGCACUCUGAAGUUCGCCUACAGCAAGACCAAAAAAGAGGCAGAGCAGAGAACCCUGCAGGCCCACAGCGAGGUGCUCCAAAAUGGAGGCCGCCUGGCCACUUGCGCCCUCAGACCCAUGUACAUCUAUGGUGAAGGGUGCCGCUUCCUGCUGGGCCACAUGGGCGACGGGAUACAAAACAAGGAUGUUUUAUAUCGCAUGUCUCUACCAGAGGCCAAAGUGAAUCCUGUGUAUGUGGGCAACGUGGCGGUGGCUCACCUCCAAGCAGCCCGCAGCCUCAGUGAUCCACAAAAAAGAAACGUCAUCGGAGGAAAGGUUUACUUCAUUGCUGACGACACGCCUCCCGUGAGUUAUUCAGACUUCAACCACGUCGUGAUGUCACCUCUGGGCUUCAGCAUUCAAGAAAAGCUCAUGUACCCGCUGUGGCUCUUCUACAUGUUCUGCUUCUUAAUGGAGAUGGUCUGCAUGGUGCUCCAACCUAUCGUACGCAUCGUCCCGCCGCUGAACCGGCAGCUCAUCACCAUGUUGAACACGCCGUUCAGCUUCUCCUAUCAGAAGGCGAAGAGGGAUCUGGGGUACACCCCCAGAUACACCUGGGAGGAAGCUCGCAGGCGCACCACUGAAUGGCUCGCGUCAGAGCUGCCGAAGGAGCGUGAGAGAAUAAGAGCUAAAUAACUAGUGAAAAGUUUAUGGUCCUUUACUCUAAGUAUGUUUAUACAUUAUCAGUUUAUGUCUGCUUGUGUUUUUAUGCAUGAAUAAUAUAAUUUUUCUGUAGCAACAGUCAAAACUAAAGUUUAGUGGAAAUAAAUAUGAAGCACCCAUUAAAAAACGGGAUGUUUCUCUAAAGGCCUUAUUUGUGGAUUUUAUUAUGCUGUAAUUUUCUGCCUAAUUAUUCUAAUAUCUUUAAUAUAUUGUAGGUUUUUCGUUUGUUUUUUUGUUUCUGAUAUAACCACUGGAAGUCAACAAAGUUACACAUUCCUACACAUACUGGAUUUAAUUGUAGAUAAGCUGUAUCUGCUCUUUUUUUCUUCCUUAAUUUUGGAUUUACAGAUAAUUACCUCAACCUAAGGAGAGAUGUUUUGAGGUAGACGCUACAGUACACAGCAUUAAAACAGAGGUUUAGAUCUUGUAGCUUCAAUUAAUGAGUGUUCAGUAUCACCUGUUGUUCCUGUUAUGUGCACUAUUAAAGCUUGUG